CAUCACACAAACCAAUCUCUGAAAACCUUCGUUUACCGUUUCUGAUACCCUAGCUCUCCAAUGGCUCGUACCAAGCAGACUGCUCGCAAGUCCACCGGAGGCAAGGCUCCGAGGAAGCAACUGGCCACAAAGGCUGCUAGGAAGUCGGCUCCGGCCACCGGCGGAGUGAAGAAGCCCCACAGGUUCCGCCCCGGGACCGUGGCUCUCCGUGAGAUCCGAAAGUACCAGAAGAGUACGGAGCUCCUGAUCCGAAAACUCCCUUUCCAGCGCCUGGUCCGUGAGAUCGCCCAAGACUUCAAGACCGACCUUCGGUUCCAGAGCUCGGCCGUGGCGGCGCUCCAAGAGGCGGCGGAGGCGUACCUGGUGGGACUCUUCGAGGACACCAACCUUUGCGCCAUCCACGCCAAGCGGGUCACCAUAAUGCCAAAGGAUAUCCAGCUCGCUAGGAGAAUCAGGGGUGAGCGCAUGGAAGCUUAUUUAGAAUCCCAAGUAGCAAUUGGGUUGGAGCACAUUCUUAUUCAGUUAUUUGUGCGUUUCAGAAUUUUGAUUAAUCUCCUUACUUUGCUUUUUGAUGUUCUUAGAUUGGAUGGCUCUCCAAUGGCUCGUACCAAGCAGACUGCUCGCAAGUCCACCGGAGGCAAGGCUCCGAGGAAGCAACUGGCCACAAAGGCUGCUAGGAAGUCCGCUCCGGCCACCGGCGGAGUGAAGAAGCCCCACAGGUUCCGCCCCGGGACCGUGGCUCUCCGUGAGAUCCGAAAGUACCAGAAGAGUACGGAGCUCCUGAUCCGAAAACUCCCUUUCCAGCGCCUGGUCCGUGAGAUCGCCCAAGACUUCAAGACCGACCUUCGGUUCCAGAGUUCGGCCGUGGCGGCGCUCCAAGAGGCGGCGGAGGCGUACUUGGUGGGACUCUUCGAGGACACCAACCUUUGCGCCAUCCACGCCAAGCGGGUCACCAUAAUGCCAAAGGAUAUCCAGCUCGCUAGGAGAAUCAGGGGUGAGCGUGCUUAAAUUGAAAGGAAUUUUGUAUAGAUACGAACAGAGGGAUGUGCAAGUGUUUGGGAAGGGCACCCAGUGAAAAUCAAGCCUUUGGGAAAGGAUAUCCAGCUCCGCAUGUGUUUGAUUUUAGGGCCUAUGUUAGAUUAUGUUGCCUUCUUUGCUCACUGCCAAGAUUGUAGUUCAAGCUUGGAUGUAUUGUAUUGACUUGCCCAAUGGAAAUUUAAGGGUUGCUUCCUUUUGUU